CAGCGCUGACAUCAGACGUGGGCAGAGUAGUAACAUGGAGAGGCAGCGCUGCUCCUGAAUCGCACCCACUGCCAGGCGAUUCCGUGCGACACUGAGAGGGAGAAGCAGCAGCUGCAGCAGCCGGGGGAGCAGACAAAGGGCUCAGAACAAUGGCUGUUUAGUGUAAGGCUGAAUCUACAAGCAGAAGUAAAGAACACAGCAGUAGAUCUGAAAGCUGCUACUUGGACUUUCAGGGCACUGUUAGGAAAGGACCCUCAGGAUGCCUCUGGAUGAAGAUGGGCCGAGUUGGAAGAAAAGAGCAGAAGACAUUCGGGACAUCUAUGAAUUUCGGGAAGUCUUAGGAACCGGUGCUUUCUCUGAAGUGGUCCUGGCAGAGAUGAAGAAGACACAGAAGUUGGUAGCCAUAAAGUGUAUUCCAAAGAAAGCCCUGGAAGGGAAAGAGACCAGCAUAGAGAAUGAGAUUGCUGUGCUGAGAAAGAUCAAACACACUAACAUUGUGUCACUGGAGGACAUCUAUGAGAGCCGCAGUCACCUAUACCUCAUCAUGCAGCUGGUGUCAGGGGGAGAACUGUUUGACAGGAUCGUGGAGAAAGGUUUCUAUACAGAAAAGGACGCCAGCCAGCUAAUCAAGCAGAUUUUAGAUGCUGUCAAGUACCUGCAUGAUAUGGGCAUUGUGCACCGGGAUUUAAAGCCAGAGAACCUGCUCUACUACAGUAUGGACGAAGAUUCCAAAAUUAUGAUCAGUGAUUUCGGCCUGUCAAAAAUUGAAGGGUCUGGAAGUGUGAUGUCAACUGCCUGCGGGACUCCCGGCUAUGUUGCUCCGGAGGUGUUGGCUCAGAAACCUUACAGUAAAGCAGUGGAUUGCUGGUCGAUUGGUGUCAUAGCUUAUAUACUAUUGUGUGGUUACCCGCCAUUCUAUGAUGAAAAUGAUGCCAAACUCUUCGAGCAGAUUCUGAAAGCCGAGUAUGAGUUCGACUCGCCGUACUGGGACGACAUCUCUGAUUCGGCAAAAGAUUUCAUCCAGCAUCUUAUGGAAAAGGAUCCAAACAAACGCAACACGUGUGACCAAGCCCUGCAGCAUCCCUGGAUUGCUGGGGACACAGCGCUGGAUAAGAACAUCCAUGAAUCAGUCAGCGAACAGAUCAGGAAAAAUUUUGCCAAAAGCAGAUGGAAGCAAGCAUUCAAUGCCACUGCUGUGAUACGCCACAUGAGAAAGUUACAGCUGGGCACAAGCCAAGAAGGACCCGGCCAGACCACACCCACUAGCCCAUGCCACGGCAAUCUUCUUAUGCCAGGGGACAACCAUGGUUCUCAUUCGGAGAGUUGUCAAGACUGCUGUGCCCCAAAAUCCUCUGAAAACAACUCGUUGGCUUAUAGCACCCACUGCGCACAAUCCAACAGAGUUUGAGGCCUGCUGAAGUGGCUUCUGGAACCCAGUGUCAUUAGAAAGAGCAGGCCACAGUGCUGGAUGUCCAACCGGACUAGAUGCCUGCGAGAGGCAGACCUUCAAGCAAGGAAAGGCCAACCUUAUUAAACAAAUGUAAAAAACAUGGGGGGUGGGAGAGGGGAGAAGAGAGGGAACAGAGAGCGAGAGGCAGGCCUUUUAUUAUCAUAUUUUUUCUUAAAAACAGUACAUCUAAUUGGAUAAACCAGGCCUGGUGGGAGGAGAUGUUUAGAGACAGACAAAGGCUUGUUGUAAUCGUUCAUAUGUAACAUGUUGCCUGCUCAUUGUAUGACGUGUGGGGGGAGGGUUGUCUAAUUUUUUUUUCUGUAUUAAGGUGAAGAUUUUAAGGCUCUUGCUGCUGUUUUGAUUGGCUGGUGGCCAUGAACUCUACGGUGAUGGUUCUGGAUUCUGGUAUAGGGAGUGAACGCCUGGCAUUUUGGAAAUGAUUCCCUGUUGGGCUCGGCAGAAGUUUUUGUAACAGAGAAGCUUUUUAUGGAAACCUCAAACACUGAGCAAUUUAUGCUAUUGUUUUUAUAGGGGGGUAAGGCAGGCUGGGGUGAAGGACUUCUUUUUACUCUGUAAGUGACAGCAAGAAAUGUUGAAAUUUGUACUUGUUCUUCCAGUCCUAAAAAAAAACAAAAAAAAUGGUUUCAGACACAGCGCAUUUAGCAUUGCAUUGUGGUAGAGAAAGAAAGGCAAAUGUGACUAAAUAUCAAACUUUCAAGGCAGCUCUUCCCCCCCAGAGCUCUGUACGGCAUUGUGGGUAUUUCUGCACCUUUGUAUUAGAACAUUGGUUGUGUGAUACUGGUGGUGACUGAAAAUUGUUUGAAUAAUACAAAUAAUAACGAUCGAGUGAUUUCUUGUUACUAUGCCUACAAGUAUUAAAUAACCCACAAUGUCCAUAUUGGAAAUUGUUGAUGUGCUGAUGUUAACUAAAUGCCAGCUGUCGAUAUUAAAGACUUUAAUGGAAAA